AUGGCUACAUCGGAACAGGGAAAGGUGUUUGUCUCUUCCGGAGUGGAAAUCAACCAUCCAGCGGUCGGUGCCAAAGAUAAUCGUACCGUUCUGGAGGGGCCAACUGUGGAUGCAGACAGCUUUCCCGAUGGAGGUUAUCGCUCCUGGCUCGUGGUCCUGGGCUCCUUCUUGCUGCUGAUGUCGUCGUACGGCCUGAUGAACUCGGUCGGAGUGUUGCAAUCCUACCUGGAAUCCCACCAGCUGGCGAACUACUCGAGCCAGAAUGUCGGUUGGAUCUCCGGCUUGUUUGUCUUUGUUUCGCUGGGCCUGGGGGUCUUCGUGGGCCCCUUGUUCGACACCUACGGCCCGAGAGAGCUGGUCGCCGCCGGGUCGGCCUUCUAUGUCCUGAGUCUGUUCCUAACGGCGGAAUGCACCCAGUAUUGGCACUUCAUCAUCUGCUUCGGCAUUAUGGCCGGCAUCGGGGGAGCAUUCACGAGCACCAUCGGGAUGUCCUGUGUCCCACACUGGUUCCAGGCGCGUGCCGGCAUGGCGAUCGGUACGGCCAUGGCAGGCGCAGGUCUGGGCGGCGUGGUGUUCCCGUUUAUCCUGAAGGGCGCCUUUGCCAACCUGGGCUUCCAGUGGGGCAUGCGUAUUCUAGCCUUGGUGAUUCUCGUGCUGUGCGGACUCGCCUCAUUCCUCGUCAAGUCUCGCCUCCCCAAGGGACGGCUGAAGGCGGCGAUCGAUAUCCGAUGUUUCAAGGACUCUCGCUUCACCUUGUUGAGCUGUGGGAUCUUUGCGCUUGAAUUGGAGAUGUUUGCCCUCAUCGGUCUAUUUCCGACGUACGUGACAAAGCAGGGGUUCAAUACCAGUGCGAGUGUGUACACACUCGUGGUGCUCAAUGUAUGCUCCUUAGUCGGGCGACUUCUUGCCGGCCGGAUCGCCGAUCGAUACGGUCGCUUGAAUGUACUCAUUAUUUUGAUUCUGUCUGCUGUUGUGACGAUGUUCGUCAUCCUUUACCCCUUCAGCAGUCAUCUAUCGGCCUUGUAUAUCUUCAGCGCCAUCUAUGGUCUCUGUUCCGGGUCGUUCAUUAGUCUUGCCCCCGUCUGCAUUCGGCAAGUGUCCAAUGCCAAAGAGAUCGGCAUGAGAUUUGGGACAUGCUACUGCCUAGUGAGCUUCGCUACCUUGAUCUGUAUUCCGAUCGGGGGUGAAAUGUUGGAGAAAGUGGGCUCCCGGAUCGUGGUGAUCUGGCUGGGCUGUGUCCUUCUGUUCUCCAUGUUCCUUUUUAUGACCGCACGAUGGGCCUGUCUCGAUUACAAGUGGCAUUGGCGGGUUCGUAUUUAGCUCUAGAGUUAGUACGGACUGGAGAUAUCACUCCAGGACACACCAAUCAAGGCACCCCUGGUGGGGAUACCUGCAGGAAAAUAGUGUUUGAAUGGUGCUAAAUGCGGCUACUCUCUGGAUAUUUUUAUGCGGGAAUUCUGCAAUGUCACGCUGGCUAAUGACUUGUCAUCUGCACGGUUGCUGCAGCCUCCAAAACAAGGGAUGGAUGAUAAUCCUGUCUCGCCCAACGUCCACAAUCUUGUCGCAUCUUAGUCUGAAUGAAAUUCACAGCUUAACAUGCAUCUCUAUAUAUCUGUGCUCGUUUGGUUAGCCUGGGGACCCCUAGCGAUCCUAGGCAUAAGCAUCCAUGAUUUCACACCUGAGCAAGUGGACCAAGGCAUCGCUCUCCGUCAGCUUGCUAAUACGGCAACUGAAAACAUUAAGAGGGAUAGAGCGAGUGGUUGCCGACCUGAAGAUGCCCGGAUACGCAAAGAAUGGUAUACCUAACAGUGGUCGAUAUGUUUCCC